AUGGUCGAGCGGUUCCACCGAACGCUGAAGGCGGCGUUGAUGUGCCAUGCACAGACCUCUUGGCCCGAGAGCUUACCUUUGGUGAUCCUCGGUUUACGGAACUGCUAUAAGGAGGAUCUACAGGCCUCCCCAGCGGAAAUGGUUUACGGGACAUCGCUGCACAUCCUUGGGGAGUUCUUCGUCAUCACUAGUUUUCCUAUGGAUUCUGCCUCAUUCGUGGCCAGGCUGGUAGAGACGGCCAGGAAGCCCCUCGAGCAACCCUACUCUGACCCGCACGAGGACAUCAGACACCUCAACGAGAAGGUGUACGUGGUCAGGGUCGACGGCGUCGAAGAAACGAUCGCGACCAACGCCUUGAAGCCGGCGUAUCUGGACUCGGCUGACGUUGGUGUCAAGGAGCCACCUGGAGUGGCGGAACGUAGAUCAUCGGAGCCAACAGUGUUACCAGCACCGCUGUCGUCUCCUUUGCCAACGGAGCCGGUUACGGCCGAGCCUUCGCCAUCGGAGUCUGACGGGACCACACCUUCGACUUCAACAGACACAUUACCGACAGUCGACCUCGGCACACAAUGGACAUCGACAACCAUCUUCAAUUACGCAGCUGUCGCAGCCGUAGCCACCAACACCACGGCGGACGAAGCUUCUACUCUUAUGGAGUCGGAGGCGGCGGCGACGAUUAUGCCGGAGCGCAUCGACGUCACAGAUAAUUAA